AUGAGUAAACCACAGAUUCUUUUGUUAGGCGAGAUUGACCAUGCCAAAAAGGAAUGGAGCGAACUUUCCGACAUUGGUGAACUCAUCGAACCCAAGGCACGAUCCCGUCAAGAAUUCAUAGAAGAGUGUAAAAAUGGCGUCUACGAUAAAGUCGUGGCUGUAUACAGAACUUUCACCAGUGUCGCUAUUACAGGUUUGAUUGAUGAAGAAUUAAUCAGUGUGCUACCAAAGGGUUUGAAGUUCAUUGCUCACAGUGGAGCUGGAUAUGACCAAAUUGAUGUACAUGCAUGCACUAAACACGAUAUUCGUGUUUCUAAUGUUCCAACUGCCGUUGAUGAUGCUACUGCCGAUACCAAUAUGUUUCUCAUUUUAGGAGCACUGAGAGGAUUUAACACCUCAAUGAUGGCUCUACGAAAGAACCACUGGAAGGGUUCCCCAGCACCACCUCUUGGUCACGACCCUCAAGGAAAAGUUCUCGGUAUCUUGGGAAUGGGUGGUAUCGGACGAAACCUCAUGAAGAAGGCAACUGCUUUCGGCAUGUCCGUUCAAUAUCACAACCGUACUAAGCUUUCGGAAGAAUUGAGCGGAGGUGCUAAAUACGUCAGCUUCGAUGAGUUAUUGGCUACCAGUGAUGUUUUGUCCUUGAAUUUACCUUUGAACAAAAACACUCGUCACAUUAUUUCCACCGAGGAAUUCAAGAAGAUGAAGAAGGGUGUUGUUAUCACCAAUACCGCUAGAGGUGCAGUCAUGAACGAAGAUGCUCUAGUAAAGGCACUUGAGUCUGGCCAAGUUUGGUCAGCAGGUCUAGACGUUUUCGAAGAGGAGCCAAAGGUUCAUCAAGGAUUGAUUGACAACCCACAUGUCAUUUUAGUACCACACAUGGGAACAUGGACUGUAGAGACUCAAACCAAGAUGGAGGUCUGGUGUAUUGAUAACGUAAGAAGCGCCAUCGAGAAGGGUAAGUUGAUGAGCCCAGUAGGAGAGCAAAAGGAUAUGUAG